AUGAAUACGACUGCUAGUUACCAUGGAGAUGCAUGUACACUACCUUUGGAAGCACUGGACAUCAUCGUAGCCGUUCUCACUAUACUAGGAGUGCUCGGGAACGGGGCUUUUCUUUACGUCGUCAUUAAGCUACCAUAUAUGCGAACCGACACCAACCUCUACCUAUGCGGACUUGCCGUAGCUGAUUUGAUGUAUCUUAUCAUUAACUCGAUCACCAUAUUCUGUUAUUUUGACGACGUCGGAACCUGCCAGAAGUUGAAGAACAACGUCAAUUUUAUGUGCUCCACCGAGUACAUCAUUUCUACCAGUUACCUGACGUCUGUUAUCACAAUAGCGUUGGUCGGCGUGGAGCGUUACCUCGCAAUCAGUAGACCGCUGGCUAAAGGAUCGCCGGCGAGUCGUCACAGAGGUCACUGCUUCUGGCUUGUCGCCGCGUCGUCAUGGUUAAUCGCAUUAGUGCUGAGCACGCCUGCAGUGGCCGAAUGUCUUGAUAUCGGACAUAACGUCUACAAAGUCAUCGAAAUUCGUUUAGUGAUCACCGUCAGUUUAUUCUUCCUCAUGGUGGUCGUCGUGCUCGUAUUCUAUCUCCUGAUUGCCUUCAAGUUGUACGACUCUGCUCGCAGCGCCAUAGCAACGCGACGAUCGUCCGGUGAGAACGAGAAACAAGUGAUACGGGUCUGCUUACUGACCGCAGUCGUGUUCGUCGUAUGCUUGUUACCCUACAUGAUCCGUCUUGUCGGUGAGUUGUUCAUACUUCACGGCGUGAUGCCGUACUCGGCCUAUACUUAUUACUGUAUGCGUAACCUUGCCAUUCUUCCACUUAUCAUCAAUGCCGUCAUUAACCCGGUAGUGUACAGCGUCGCCAGCCGUCGAUAUCGACGUGCCUUUCACGUCGCGUUCUGCGGAUGUGGCAGGGGCAAUGUGCGAUAUCCGGUACGAAGCACUAAUGCCGACACGGUGAUAGACUCCGGACAGUGGAACUCGGCCAACUCUCGUAGUUCAGGUACGAAGCAGAAUCGACGAAACAUGAUUCCUUUGGCGAAGUUAUAA